AGCUCUUACUGUGUGAAUGCGAGUCAGCCGGCGAACCAGUCAGCAAGAGAGGCAAAGUGUGUGAGUGUGAGGGUGUGAGGUCCAGAGUCUGUGCUUGUGUGUGUGUAUGGGUGUGUGUGUGUUACAGAGAGAGAGGGAGAGGGAGAGAGAGAGAGGCAGUCGCAGUCUGUCUCGGUGCAGGAGAAGCCAGGCAGCCGGUGCAGUGUUUUAAAGUGAACGAUACAUCCUGCUCCUCUCUUUGGAUUAUACCACUAACAGGGACUCACCCUUUGGACUAUCCCGACGCUUCCUCCUUCUCUUGCCUUUGAAGGGAACACCUGUGUGUGGUGUGAGAGUGUGUGUGUGUUUGUGUGCAAACCAAGACAACGGACUUAGCCCUGGUGAACAGGGCGAGUGGAUGACUUCAGUGGUUGAGGGUUUGGCUGGUCGAAAGAGGGGGACUGCUGACCAUGGACUCCCCUCACUAGUAAACGGGGGUGGUGUGGAGGAUCGGGUUUGUCCGGUCAUCAUGUGCACGCGGGCCUAUCCUGACCCCGUCCCUGAGUGCCAGCUGUUCCCGGGUGAGGUGGAGGAGCCAGAGGAGGAGGUGGCAGACGAGGGAAGGGAGAGGGAAUCAGACAGAGACAGCGCUGUGGAAAGCACUCAAGGGUCAGACACCUCUGACGGCCUGAUCAGAUCAGGGGACAAGGAAGACGCACUGGGGGAUCUCUUUUUUCCUGGGGAGAAGUGUGGUCAGACCAGCAUCUCAGUGACAUCUGACCUAUCGACGCGUUCCUCGGCUUCCCUGAACGAGGAGCAGUUUGAGGACUACGGUGAGGGGGAGGAACCGGACUACAUUCCCAGCAGCCCCUGUCUGGACGACGAGACUCGUACCAACGGAUACUCCGACCUCGGCUCAUCUGUUCCCUCUAGUGCGGGCCAGACUCCUCGUAAGGUGCGUCAGCAUUACACUGGUGAACUGAUGGAUGUCUACUGUUCUCAGUGCAGCAAAAAGGUCAACCUCCUAAAUGACCUGGAGGCUCGCCUCAAAAACCUAAAGGCUAACAGCCCCAACAGGAAAAUCUCCAGCACUGCUUUUGGAAGGCAGCUGCUUCACAACAGCAACUUGAGCAGCAGUAACGGCAGUACGGAGGACCUUUUCCGAGACAGCAUCGACUCUUGUGACAUCGACAUUAAUGAAAAGGUGAGCUCUCUGGAGAAGAAGGUGGCAGAACUCGAGAAUGAGAUUCUGAUGAAUGGUGAUCUCAAAUCCAAGCUGAAGCAGGAGAACACACAACUAGUACACAGGGUUAAUGAACUGGAGGAGCAGCUGAAAGACCAGGAGACGCGAGCAGAACAAAAUCUGCAAGAGGAGCUAAGACGACACAGGGAGGCCUACAGCAAGAUGGAGAGAGACAAGAACACACAGAUAGAGCUGCUGACCAACCGAGUUAAGCAUCUGGAGGAGGAGAACAAUGACAUUGCUGUUAACAUGGGCCGGCUCAAAUCACAGACAGAGAAACUGGAUGAGGAGAAGCAAAGGAUGACAGACAAGCUGGAGGACACCAGUUUGCGCCUGAAGGAUGAGAUGGACCUCUAUAGGAAAAUGAUGGACAAACUGAGACAGAACAGACACCAGUUCCAGAAAGAAAAGGACGCCAUGCAGGAGCUGAUAGAGGACCUGCGUCGAGAGCUGGAGCAUUUGCAACUCUUCAAGCUGGAGACAGAGAGGCCAGGCCGCGGUCGCAGCUCUUCCUCCGGGCUGGCAGACUUCAACAGCAGGACCAGGGAGGUGGAGCUAGAACAUGAGGUCAAAAGGCUCAAGCAGAGAUUUGUGUCCCAGGACUUUCUUCCCCCUGAAUUCCAGCACCUGGUGUUAUCUGGGGCUCGGCUCCGUCCUGGUCUGAUGGAGAACCAGAAGCUCAGGGAGCAGAACGAUGAGCUCAAUGGCCAGAUCCUCAGCCUCAGUCUGUAUGAAGCCAAGACCCUGUUUGCUACACAGACCAAGGCCCAGUCUCUAGCUGCAGAGAUAGAUAAUGCCUCCAGAGACCAGUUAAUGGAAGCCUUGAAGGAGCAGGAAGAAAUAAACAUACGUCUGAGACAGUACAUGGACAAGAUCAUCUUGUCCAUUCUGGACCACAACCCCUCCAUCCUGGAGAUCAAGAACUAACAGCGACUCAACUGGAAUGAGAAUCGUUUCCCGGUCUCAAGAGGCUCAUUCCAGUUGUUUGAUCAGAACCUGCAACCCGGGUCUGGAAUCUGUACAGAAAAGGAGAGAGAACCAGAGCCAGUCUUACGAACGUAUAAAUAGACACACAUCGCCCCCUGCUGUUUGUGGCGGGAGAGGACUCCUCUUACAGAGAAGAUAGAAAGGGAUUCUGCAAACUAAAGGGAGUUUUCUAAAGGGUCAUACGACUGUGACUCUUCAGCUUGAUCUACCCUGCUCUGUUUUUAUUCACUGUCUCUGCUGUAAACUGUAGCCACUGUCACAACUUUGAACUUUCUUCACAGGAAUAUCCUGGCCCCCAACAUACUCUGAGGAUGGACAAAGUCGCUCAGUGUAGUACACUGGGCAUAUGUACCUUGUGCAUAAUAACUGGAACAAUGUAAACAAACCUGACGUGGGUUCUACUGUAUCCUGGUGAAAUAUGAACUGUAUUAUACACAGAUAGACAACUUGAUCCGACGUAGAGAGAAACAGUCGUGUGACGGACAAACAAGUUGGCAAAACCCGACUCUGAGAGGUAUGAAGGCAGACCAGUCGAGUGUUGCCUGAUCCAUAAACUGUCCAUAUUUUCUCCUCUGUCAUGUAGGUGUUCUCUGAAUGUUGGUGAUGUAUUUGGAUAGGCACGUUUUAAGAGACAUUAGAGAAAAGUGGCAAGUGGUCAGAGAAAGAAAACAAUGAGAAGAACCCCUAUAAAUACAAAGCGAAGUGGAACAUUUUAAGUUAGAAAGGAAGAGGAAAGCAUGUCUUCCCUAAAGAGGUGGGGAGUCAGAUGAUGGGCCGUGUAUGCUAGCAAAGGAGGGUCUUAGUAAAGUCGAUGAUGGCUAAUCGAAGGUGAAGAUUUUUGCUUUUGUUUAUUCUCGAGAACAUGUCUUCCAGUAACCUUGCAACAGCACUUGCAAUGUCAAUCAGCCAGUAGUGAAUAGCUUUCACUGAGAAGUGGCCCUUAGUUGGUUCAGACGAGUAGUCGAGUGUCACUUUAAGGAGCAGAAGCUGCAACCAAGGAGUGUCUUUAAACUGUAACUUCCAUGGCUGCUAUUUGCUAACAAUACAUGCAGCUUGCAAAAAGGUACAUUGUUGCUAGCGAUAGACCCGAUGAUGUUGUACAGAAUUGUAAGGAUAUGAUUGUACAGGUGUGUGACUGGUAGCCAUUGUAACAUGGUUUACUGAAUCAUCUCUCUAUGCUCAGUGAAAUCAUCUCAGAUAUUGUACGUGAGCAUGCACAGGAGACUCACUUUUUGGUACGAAAGACUGGAUUAGCAAUCUCACUGAAGCAUACAGGUUGUUUUUAAAAGCCCAGAUAGCUCUCAGAAACCCUCUAAUACUGUAAAUAUCAUGAAUGUACAACUGGAUAUUUCACUUUCUGUGUGGCCAAAAAAGGCUUUUUGAAUUUAAAUUGCUGUAAUUGGUCGAGAUAUGUUGUCGUACACGUGUACAGUAUUCAGUACUGUAAUGAAGAGGGCAUUGUUUGGAGAGGGGGAACAAUUACAAUCUGCUGUAUUAUGUAAUUAUUCUAAACUUGAGUUUUGCUUCCUUGCACAAAAAAAACAACAAAACGUUUUGUUUUCUUUUGCAUGGUUCACCUUUUCUUCUGUCUGUGCCUUUUGAGGACAUUUUCAAGAUGAUGUUGCUAUAGAUUUACAUAGUUUUUUGAAGCUACAUUCUAUGUCUAUGUCUGACAUAUUUUCUUGACAUAUUGUAAAUGUUGUAAUUAUAUAGUGAUAAUUUGUAUUCAUGUGCCACUCACCACUCUUUUUCAGAUUGUUACUAUGAAAACUAUUUUAUACAGUUUUAUCAAGAAAGAACUUGUGAUUGCUUAGCUGUCCUAUUAGAAAAGUGAUAUAGCACAAUUCUUUGUAUGGUACGCAGGCCAGGUUAGCAUUUUGGGAAUAUUUUUUUCAAUGAUUUUUUUUAUUGGGGGGGUGUUUUGUUGCAUUUCUCAGUUUUUUGUUAGUCGCGGUGAGUCCAUUGCUUUUAACUUUGCUGGCUUUUUACAUGGUUGCAAACUGUCUUCCUAACUUAAACUAAAUGGUGAGCAUUAUGAGCAAUAUUAACUUAUUUACCAAUACCUGCUGAUUUGUGUCUUGUUUGCUUCACAAAUCUUUUCACUCUAUAGCUGCUCAUACCAUUCUGGAUUUUAAAAGAAUUAAACGGUACAUCAAGCUGUAAAAUUGGUCAUAAACUCAUUUCUUGUAGCUAUUAAAUUUUGACUUAUUAGGGCUAUCCAAUGCAAUGUAGUCACUAUAAAUAGCAAUAAAAAUGGCUUUGGCAGUGA